CAAGGCCCCCAGACAGGCGGCGCAUUCGUCGAACGCAUCGCAGUCGAGCCUCAGAACUGCGCUGGAUACUAAACACAUAGUAUAUAGAUCGCUGUCGAGAAACGCUGCUUGCGCGAUCUGUAGAGUGAUUUAAGAAGCAUGCUCUCUCUACUGCGCUGCGCAACAAGCAGAACGGGCGCGGCUCGACCGGGCGCGGCUCAUGCAGCACGGCCGCGCGCGUCGCGCGCCGCGCCAGCGCAGCAGCGCUGCUACGCGUCGUCGACGGACGUCGAGCACCGCGUGCGGGCGACGAGCGUGUCGCACCUCGACCUCGUGGAGAUCGACCGCUACCUCUUCCGCGCGCCGCGCGAGCAGCUCUGGGUGCCGCCGGGCGGCCGAGGAGUAUUUGGUGGGCAAGUCAUGGGCCAGGCGCUGCGGGCCGCGACGCUCGCGUUGGAUGGCGACGAGGCCUGGCGCUGCCACAGCAAUCAUAGCUAUUUCGUCAACGCCGUCGAUCCGUCGCGCGACGUGCUGUACCGCGUCCGCGAGACGUCGACGCGGCGCUCCUUCGCGACGCGGUCCAUCGACGGGAUCCAGAACGGCAGCGUAAUUUUCAAGAUGAUCGCGAGCUUCAACGUGGACCGCAGCCUGCCGAGCGACGCGCCUCCUCCACAACACCAGGACGCCGUGCCCGAGGGUAUACCUUCGCCGGAGAGCCUGCCCUGCUACCGCGACGACAUUCAUAAAGCGCUGGAGCGGCUCCCCGCGGACAGCCCCUUCCAGAGCUGGUUUCGCCAGAAGCUCGAGAGCCCCGUCGACGUGCGCUACUGCGAGCCACCGCCGGACCCCCUCGACGCCGCGCCGGCGCCGCGGCCGCCGUCGCGAUUGAUGUGGGUCAAGGUGAGCCGGCCCAUCGACCCCGAGGCAGACAAGGGCAACAUCCACCAGUGCCUCGCGGCCUACAUCUCCGACGGGCCGCUCCUCUCGGUCGCGCUCCAGCCGCACGGGCUCCAGUUCCCGUCGACGCGGCUCGGCGCCGUCGCGUCGCUCGACCACUCCAUGUGGUUCCACGCGCCCUUCCGCGCCGACGAGUGGAUGUUGUACGACAUGCGCUCGCCGAGGCUCGUCGACUCGCGGGGGCUGAUUUUUGGGUCGGUUUACCAGGACGACGUGCUCGUUGCGACCGUCGCGCAGGAGGGACUUCUCCGCCUGAAGAGGGACUAGGAUGUGUAAUAAUGAUUU